AUGUCUCGCGAGCAGGAUUCAGUGAAGAUGAGCGCCAGUCUGGUUGCGCAGCACCAUGCAGCUAAGGUGACCACCAAAGCAAGUAGUGGGACACCUGAGGUACGUUCUAUGUCCAAUAAAACUCUUUCCUUUAAAUCUGUGGGUCGUACGCAUGUUGUGGGAUAUGCAAGCGAAGCAUUUGAGGAAGACCAGACGUUGCAUUCGGGAGAGGAGACGACGUGCGCCAAGCACACAAUGGUGCCAGCAAACUGA